AUGACAACACCGGUACCAAAACCAAGAACAAAAUUUGCAGAAGGUCUCAGCCCAAAUAGUAAUAAUCAGACCCCCGAACCUCCCACGUCUUCUACACCGCCUUCUGAAUCCCAACCAUCAGAAUCCACAUCAGAAAAUGUGCUCCAUCGCCCUCGAGAGAUUUCAGAAGUCCCGCCUCCAAGAAUAACACCUCCAGAAGUUCCCCCUCGUCCACCUGCAAAACCACCACGUGCCAUGUCUUCCUCAGCGGCAGUUAUUCAAAAUUUUGGAAAUGUUCUAGGAGAACUAAAAUUGAAUCUGGGUGAAACUCCAAAACCAGCCCCAGAAAUUGGGUUCCAUGACCCAGAAAAUAUUACAAUGAGUCCUCCACAAAGACACGCCCCGCCCCCUCCAAGACCUCCACCACCGGCUGGUUGGAAACCGGAACUUCAGAAUCCACAGAUUCCAGAAAGAGUAUCCUCCCAUUCAAACAGACCCCUUCCUGCACUCCCUAUUGAUUUUAUCGAGUUAACACCGGCGAAUUCUGGACCAUCCACGUCAUCAUCGAGUACUCCUCAAACUGUCGAGAAUCCGUUGUAUUUGUCUUUGGAUGCAUACCGAGCGAUUUCAGGGAUCACACCAUCCCCAUCGCAUCCCCCCACGACAUCUCCAGACUGCGAAGACCUUCGAGAAUGGCUCACAGAAGAGGAGGAAGCUGAAACCCUCUGCUCAUCCAAUCGCCCAGACGACCUAAAUUCCAGCAUCCCAGCUCCGUCCACUUCAUCCCGCCCAUCUUUAGGAUCUUCUUCUCAUGAAGAGAAUCCCUAUACCCCAUGCCCUCGUAGAAGUGACUACACGGAUUCUGAAUUCCUUGGCACCACCAUCGAUCCAUUUGAUGACAGCUUCUAUCACACGUCACCAACGACGUCUCGGAAUUCUUCAACAAAUCAGAAUCUCUACGUGUCACCGCAGUUUGAGAAGAAGAAUCUGGAAAACGGUUGGGAUAAUGUGGUGGAGGCUUGCGCGACGCCCAGUCCAAAACCCAGUCAUAUCUAUGUGAAUCUGCCAGACACUGCCACGUCAUCAGAUGUGACAGUUUCAGAAGGAUUUCCAGAAAAUGGGGCUAUUAAAAUUGAUGGAAGCUCGAUUUCCUAUAUGGGAGCAGUGACAUUGAAAAGUACAAAGAAAGAGAAAAGAUGCAACGGAAGAUUCAGGAACAUGCAGCUCAGCUUUUUCAAUGAAGAUGACGAUUCUGAAGACACGUGUCUCUUGGGACCAUUCGAUGUCAAAGACUUUUAUAUGAUUCGAAAGAUUGAAUCGUCUUCAGAAUCCUCAUCAAUUCUGAUCCACGUAGGAGAGAAGCGUCACGUCAUCUCAUUCAUUGAGGAGCCACUUUUCACCUCCUGGAUGUUUAUUCUAGCCGAAGCAUGGCUGACAAUCAACUGUAAAUUAACGGCGGUGCUGAAAAACGAUCACGAAUUCGGAAUUUGUGGAUCCACGUGGAUUAAGUACGGAACAACUGGAGAAUGGAAGUGUUGUGCGACUGCGAUCAACAAGAUGACACUGAUUUAUAUGUUAUCAGAGUCUAGAGACCGAGUUUUCAAAAGGAAUAGUCAAGAUGAGUCGGCUGAUGAGUUGGUGGAAGUGGAUCUUCGAAAAGUGAUGACGAUGAGAGAACGAAUUGAUAAAAGCGAAUGGUGUCCAAGUGUGAAGCAUAAGAGGGGACCGUUUUCGAUUACACUUCAUGGAGUAACUCUCUACAUUGACUCUCGUGACGACGCUACCACCACUCAAUGGUACGAGGCUAUCGAUAGUAUUCUGAAGCAGCCAGCAAAAAUUCUGGAGAAUUUCCGACUCACUGGAGAUAAUAUUCCAGUGAUUGUCGACAAGUGUAUCAGAUUUGUGUCUGCGUAUGGGAUGAAGUCAGAAGGAAUCUAUAGAAGAAAUGGAAAAGUUACAGAGGCUAAAACGAUAACAACGAAAUUGACAGAAGAUCCUGUCGGCUACUACCCUGUUCAAGAAAGUGAUGAAACGGUGUAUGCAGUGGCUGAUGUCUUAAGAACAUUUUUCCGAAAAGUCGAAAUCCCAUUAUUUCCAUUAUCUAAUCAACCGGAACUUUUCAAACUUGCCCAAGAAUCCCAAUCGCUGGAUCUCUUCAAACAGUAUGCAGUGGAGAUCAAAAAGUUCCCAAUCGUCCAUUUUGCGACGCUGAAAAAACUAAUUGGUCAUCUGAGAAAUGUGUCGGAGCACGCACUGGAAAACAGAGCAAGUGUGGAAAAUUUGUCAAAAGUUUUCGCCGCGAGUCUUUUUGUAACGGACCAAAUGACAGAGGAUGGAAAACAAGUGUUCAGCGAGAGCUACAAUCAUCAAAUCAAUGUUAUGAUUCAUUUGAUCACGGGUUACGACACCAUUUUUCAGAUCAGCAUCGAGGAGGAACUAUCCCGUCAAAUUGUUAACGACGCAGAGAAGAAGUCGGUGAACGCGAAAAAACCAAGUCCCGACUUGAUAGUUGCCAUCCACGUGUGGGAAAAAGAGAACCGCCCAUUCAAUGUGAAAAUGUCGUUGGCCAGCGAGGAAGUGUGUCGAGAGGCGAUCGCAAAACGUGGAUUCGACGGACCGCCCGACUCGCCGUACGCUGUUUUCGAGUGUAUUGCUGAUGGACAUUUGGUUAGAAGACUUCCCCCGUCACACAAAGUAUCCAGAUGUGUAAUGCAAUGGAUUGAUUGGAAUUGUAAAGAUGGAUUCUUACUGUUCGAUCAUGACAAAUUGAGAUUCGAUGGAAAGGAUAUGUCAGUGUUUACUGGAAAGGUCAAGGUGGCCGAACCCGGAUCGAAAACUUUCAAGUCGUACGAGGCGAAAAUUGAAAAUGGAACUUCGGUGAAUUUCCGCGUACCGAAACGAGAAACUAUGGAAAUCGUGGCCAAUGGACGAUAUCCUAUGGUAUGUGGGAUCGGAGCCCGGCCGAAAAUCGCCCAACGCCUUCAACUGUGCAAUGAUUCUGAAUUAAAGGACGGAUACUCUUCCAAAUUCCCCGGAUUCUGUUUCUCGUUUAAAGAGGAGGCCGAUCGGAAUCGAUGGCUCACGGCGGUGACCCAUUUUUCAAAGAAUAGUGAUCCCGAUGAGCCAUUGGUCUAUAUUUGA